UGACAGCUCUCUCUCUCUCUCUCUCUCUCUCUCUGACUCUCUGCUUCUCCAUCAAUGGCUACCAUUAGUAGUUUACGCAUAUGUGCAUCUGAUCAUCACUCUCGUCUUCCUCGAAUCUCUGACGCAGCAGAUCAACCUCGUCACACAAACCAAAUCGUCACGUUUUCUUCGUCUCCUCCUAUUUCCAGAAGAGACGCGAAUCUUAUUCUCCUCGGCUCGCUUCCGUUGACGAGCUUCUUCGUUCUACCGCCGAGCUCUUCGGAGGCGAGAGAGAGACGGAGCAGGAAAGUCAUCCCCCUCGACGAGUAUUCCACUAGCCCAGCUGAAGGGUUGAAGUACUAUGACAUUGAGGAAGGCAAAGGUCCAGUAGCCACAAUAGGAUCAACUGCUCAGGUGCAUUUUGAUUGCCGUUACAGAAGCAUCACUGCAAUCUCCACCAGAGAGUCCAAGCUUUUGGCUGGGAAUCGUAGUAUUGCUCAGCCAUACGAGUUCAAGGUCGGAUCAACUCCAGGAAAGGAAAGGAAACGAGAGUUUGUAGACAAUCCAAACGGGUUGUUCUCUGCACAGGCUGCACCAAAGCCUCCUCCAGCUAUGUAUUACAUAACUGAAGGAAUGAAAGUCGGUGGCAAGAGAACGGUGAUUGUUCCACCUGAAGCUGGUUAUGGUCAGAGAGGAAUGAACGAGAUACCGCCUGGAGCUACGUUUGAGUUAAACAUAGAGCUGCUUCAGGUGACUCCCCCGGAAGAGAAAAACAAGUGAACAAAGAUUCUUCCCAACACUGAUAAAGAGAAGCUUGAAGCUUUUUCACAAGCCCAACAUUUGUCUAAAGAUCAUUAGAGAGGAGAGAAACUAGAGAGAGAGAGAGAAAAAAAAGAAUGUAAAUUUUCGACUCCGGUACACUAAAUAACCGGGUAUUAUUUGUUUGAAUAGAAUCAUCUAUCAAACUUCAAAAGUAGCUGGUUCUUA